UUCGACCGCCGGAUCGGAUAGAAAAUUGCAUCGCAAAUUCAGCCAAAAGAGUGUCCUCACAGAUAAGAAAUGACAACAAAACUCGUUCGAUAAGCGGCUCGCGGCGAUGUAAAUUACCUGAUAAACGUUUCUCGGAAUGAAAGUGGCAUCGAAUAGUGGAUAAGAAGUGCGUUUUGAAGCAAAUGUGAAAAUCAUUUAUUGCAGCAGUGAAAAUUUCUGACAGCGGUGCAUUAUCGUGCAAAAUAUUUGAUUGGGUGUUGGACCGUGAAAAAGCCUUGGGACAAAGUUCCUUGGCUCAUAGUGGUAUAUUACUGCAAAAUUCUGGCUGGUGCCCUUGGAAGGGAUGAAUGUGGAAUUGCGCGAUUUUGAAAUCAGUGACUCAGAGGCAGAAUUACUUAUCGAACCUUCGGGUGGAGGUGGUCGGGUGAUAAACCGAACAUACGGUGGAUUAUCUUUUCGCAACCGUAGAAGAGAACCAUUCAAGCUGGGGAAUUUUCUGAAGAAGUUGUGCUGCUGCUGGUGCUGGGCCUGGCGAAAAUGGUGUGCUUCCAAGGAACUGAAACCGCGGACCAUCUUCAUCGGACGGCCGUCCACAGAGAAAUUCCCGCCGAACGAAAUCCGCAAUCAGAAAUACAACAUCUUCACUUUCCUGCCGUUGGUGCUUUUCGAGCAGUUUCGGUUUUUCUUAAAUCUGUACUUCCUGAUCAUGGCUGUGAGCCAAUUCAUUCCGGACAUUAGGAUCGGUUAUCUCUACACGUACUGGGGUCCGCUAGGGUUCGUGCUGGCGGUGACGAUAAGUCGUGAAGCUAUCGACGACCUGCGACGACACAAACGAGACCGGGAGGUGAAUUCUCAAAAAUACAAACGCUUUGUCAGCGCUGACAAACCGCCGGAACUGGUAUCGUCGUCGAAGCUCAAGGUCGGCGAUCUGAUUGUGGUGGAGAAGGAUGAGCGGGUGCCGGCUGAUUUGAUACUGCUGCGGACUAGCGACAAAAGUGGCGCGGUAUUCGUUCGUACGGAUAUGUUAGACGGUGAAACCGAUUGGAAAUUGCGUCUAGCUGUGCCAGCAACUCAGAAGUUGGCGACGCAUAACGACUUAUUCAAUAUGGGAGCGUCGUUGUAUGUGGAGAAACCUCAAAGAGAUAUUCAUACUUUCAUUGGAACAUAUUCGAAGAUCGAAGGUUCAGAAGACGAAGGCCUCAGCGUGGAAAAUACUCUAUGGGCAAAUACGGUCGUGGCGUCCGGAACGGCCGUCGGUAUCGUUAUCUACACUGGAGCGGAAACUCGAAGUGUAAUGAAUAACUCGCAACCUCGGUCGAAAGUGGGUCUGCUAGAUCUGGAAAUCAACGGUCUCACAAAAGUACUGUUCUGCGCCGUGAUAGGGUUGUCUUUCGCAAUGAUGUGCUUGAAAGGAUUCAAUGGACCCUGGUACCGGUACAUGUUCCGCUUCGUGUUGCUGUUCUCCUACAUCAUCCCAAUCAGCUUGCGAGUUAACUUGGACAUGGGAAAAGCGUUCUACUCCUACCAGAUGCAAAACGAUGAAGACAUCCCAGGAACUGUGGUGCGCUCGACGACAAUUCCAGAAGAGCUCGGAAGGAUAUCGUACUUGUUGACUGACAAGACCGGUACAUUAACUCAAAACGAGAUGAUUUUCAAAAAGAUUCAUGUAGGAACGGCUGCUUACGGGAGGGACACGUUCCCGAUGGUAUCGGCAACCAUACAAUCAGUUUAUAACACUAUUUCGGUGCAAGGAGAUGCAUCGCCUGCGGAAACAUCUAAGUUCCAAACGCGGCUAAAGAAACCAGAAGGAUGGCGCAUUUGGGAGUCGGUUAAAGCUCUCGCACUGUGUCACAAUGUAACACCCGUCUAUGACAAUGGAAACGGCAGCAAUGGCUUGAAUGGAUCAGACCGCAGAAACUCGCCAUCUCGGUCGAUUUCAGUGGAAAAUCAAGAGUCAGUAAAAGCGCUGGAAAAAACCUACCAGGCGUCGAGUCCGGAUGAAAUUGCCCUUGUCAAGUGGACAGAAUCGGUGGGACUGACGUUAGUGAAUCGAGACUUGAAUCACAUGACACUGCAGGUUCGCGAGAAGGAUCUACAACGCAAUUCCAUGAACGAGAAUGCCUCCAUCAACACAACUGUUACCAACCUAUCAGUAAACUCAAAAACAGACCUCAACUCACCUUCCAGUUCGGGAAGCAUCACGUCGCUAAAUUCUAUAGCUGGAGGCAUUAUGAAGUAUCAGAUUCUUCAAACGUUCCCGUUCACCAGCGAAAACAAACGCAUGGGAAUUAUUGUUAAGGAGUUGAACAGCGGAGAGAUCACGUUCUAUCUCAAGGGAGCCGACGUCGUAAUGGCGGCUAUUGUGCAGUACAACGACUGGCUAGCAGAGGAAAGCGGAAAUAUGGCUCGUGAAGGCCUUCGCACUCUGGUAGUUGCCAAGAAGAUUCUCACCGAGGAGCAAUACGGAGACUUCGAGACUCGGUACAAUGCAGCGAAGGUCAGUGUGACGGACCGCGUGACGAAAGUAUCUGCUGUAAUUGAAAGCCUAGAGCGGGAAAUGGAGCUUCUGUGCUUAACUGGAGUAGAAGAUAGAUUACAGGAUAGAGUAAGACCGACGUUGGAGCUCCUACGAAAUGCUGGUAUCAAAAUAUGGAUGUUGACAGGUGACAAACUAGAAACAGCCACCUGUAUUGCGAAGAGUUCACAUCUUGUUGGGAGAAAUCAAAAUAUCCACGUAUUGAAAAGUGUCCUCACUCGAACUGACGCACACUUGGAACUGAACCAGUUCAGGCGAAAACAAGACUGUGCACUAGUCGUUUCGGGAGAAAGCCUCGAAGUAUGUCUGCAGUACUAUCAGCCGGAGUUCAUGGAACUGGCCACCGCUUGCCCUGCGGUGGUUUGCUGCCGGUGUAGUCCUACGCAGAAAGCCCAAGUGGUGUCUCUCAUUCAGAAGUAUUCCAACAAGCGAACGUGUGCUGUUGGUGAUGGGGGCAACGAUGUCAGUAUGAUCCAGCAAGCCGAUGCCGGCGUCGGUAUAGAGGGCCGAGAAGGUAAGCAAGCGUCACUGGCAGGAGACUUCAGUAUACCGCAAUUUUCACACAUUGCCAAGCUGUUGAUCGUGCAUGGCCGUCGAUCGUACAAAAGGUCGGCUGCUCUAUCUCAGUUCGUCAUCCAUCGAGGCUUGAUCAUAUCAACCAUGCAAGCCGUCUUCUCUGCUGUCUUCUAUCUUUCCUCUGUGGCCUUAUAUCAGGGAUUCCUGAUGGUCGGUUAUGCGACGCUGUACACGAUGUUUCCAGUAUUUUCACUAGUGUUGGAUCAGGACAUCAGCGCGAACAUAGCGCUCACUUAUCCCGAGCUUUACAAGGAACUUUCGAAGGGUAGAAGUUUGAGUUACAAGACUUUCUUCAUGUGGGUGCUUAUUAGUAUUUAUCAAGGUGGUGUGAUUAUGUACGGAGCUUUGAUUUUAUUCGAGGACGAAUUUAUUCACAUCGUUGCAAUCAGUUUCUCAGCACUUAUAUUGACUGAGCUGAUCAUGGUAGCAUUAACGAUCAGAACGUGGCACAAACUGAUGGUACUGGCAGAACUUUUCAGUCUCGUACUGUACAUAAUCUCAUUAGUCGUACUACACGAAUACUUUGACUGGGAGUUUAUCUGGUCGUGGGAAUUCCUAUGGAAGGUUCUGGUAAUAACGCUCGUUUCAUGUCUACCGUUGUACAUUUUGAAAUUCCUGCGGAAGAAGUUUUCGCCACCGUCAUACUCUAAGCUGUCCUAAAACAAUUAUAGUGGUGACCCUGUAAGGAACAAACAGAUCAUAAAAAUAUACGCUUCUGACAAACAGGUUUUUACUCACGAUUCGCACCUCCAUGAUUAAACUGACAAUUGAGUAGAAUAACUCAAUAACCCGGGUUUGACAGAUUUGUUUCCGCUAUUGGCAGCAGGGUGACCUAUUGGGCUAAAAUCUGAACAAGUUCUGUAUGCAUUGUGUAGGUGGAUGACAUUUUGUUCGACAAAACCCCUUGCCAAUAAGUCUAGUUACAACUAUGCAUGUGAAAUAAUCUUUUCAAAACAUUUGUUAUGUUUUUUCGUUUUUAUUUGGCAUUAUAAUAUUACAUCUGUUAAAUCGUGUGUGAUUUCUAUCUAUGAAUAAUAUUCGUGAUAUUUUAAUUGUAAUUAUUAAAUUCAUAUCACCACAAAAACUCUUUUGAAUAAUAAGUUCUCUAUAAUGCAGAAAAUAUAAAAAUAAUUCAUAAAAUUUUCAAAAGUAAGGUAUUCUAUGUUCCAGCGUUAACAUCAUCGUUAUUAUCAAUUCAAUAGUUAAUCUAGUGUUUGUAUAUACAUAUGUAUGAAAAUGAUGAAUAUUUAUUCGUAUGAAGAUGAAAGAAGCAUUUGAGUUGCAGAAAUGAUAAGACCCGAUGGGCGUAAUCCACUCGGUAGUUGAGCAGCGAAAUCCGAACUUAUGAAUGACAGAGAACAGAUUACUGAUUAUUAUAGAUAACAAAAAGAUAACAAUAACAAACUUUUACAAAUCCAUUUACUAAAAA